CGUCAUCUUUCUUCUCCUGUUUCAGAUGAACCUUCAACAUCCCAUCGUGCAUAAAUCGAAGAUAAUUAUGUUACUUCUGCAUAUGGCCGAUACUACAGAGAUUCAAUCUUCCACCGUUAUCCCUGAACCUAGGAUUCAAAAUGAGUCUCAUACUAUACCAUCCUACCAAUCCCACAAGAAUCCCCCUCAAGCCUGUACAUUUGCCUGGAAUUCUACGAGCUGCCGCGAUCAUCAGACAAUCUGUUUCAAACAACAGGGUUUUGGAUUCCGCCGAAAGCAUUCCUGGCAGCAAUUCUAAACAUCCUGACACUGUCGUGACGAGCUAUACCAGGGAAUGGGUACUUCUCGGUAGUGUCACUGGAGAAAGUAGGAACAAGAGUGCGAGAAGUGGCAAAAAACCGGAGAAUAUCAGUCGAUUGACAGUUGCGAUUCGACAAUCCACAAACGCAGCAGAAAGUUCCAUCAGCCAUUCCUCCAACAAGGAAAGAAAGAUCUCGCUUCUUCUCCAAAAACGACUAAGUUACACUUUGGUUGUCAGAUUUUCUUUCGGAGAUUGGACGGGUCAAACUUUCUCUGGUGAUAUGGUGCCGAGCCUGGAUCAAGCGAAGCCACAAAAGGAAGCUCGCUAUUGA